AUGUUGACUUUUCUCCUUCCGUUGCUAAUAAUUCUUUUAAUUCCAGAUUUGGAUAUCAAAACGUCAGGGACUGGUUGUGUGAAGAUUCAGAAAAUAGAAUGUGAUAACUGCGAUAUUGAAACUGAGAAGGGGACUAGUGUCUUGCAGUCAAUAAAGAGUCAUAAAAUCAACAUACGGACAAAUGGAGGCAAAGUAAUUGGUCUUGGAACACUCUAUGGAAAUACAGAUAUUCGUGCUACAGAGAAGGGUAGCGUGAGUAUAGAGAAGCUGCAGGGCACUUCCAUCAACAUAUCCACUGAAGAUGGGCUGCUGAAAACUAAGUAUCUUUACGCAGAAACGUCAUCCCUGUCGUCAGAAACUGGUGAUAUUCUACUGGGAAGUAUUCAUGGCAACACCACCCUGCAGACCAAGACGGGGAGUAUCACAGUAGAUUCCUCUGAUGGAAGUCUAAAAGCUUCUACAGAUCAUGGGUCAAUAGAUGUCUAUGUCAGUCAAUUGAGAAAAGUGGAUCUGAAAUCCCAGAAAGGUUCCAUUAAAGUCAAGGUGCCUGCCUCUCUCAAAGCUCAUUUGCAAUUGUCGGGGAGGAAAGUGGAUGUGAGCUCAGAGAUCCAUUUAGAAGAAACACAGAGUGCCUCUAAGGAUGAUCACGUAACUCUGAGUGGUCGCAUGAAUCAGGGGGAGGAAGCAGACAAGUGGAUUAAGGCUGACGCGCAGAAUGGCAAAGUGUCCCUUAAGAGCCAGAGCUGGAUCCAGGCCRUCAAGCUGAAGGCUCCUUAAAGGUGGAAUGAGGCCCGAGAGAUCAAGGAAGGGAUCACAGAGCAACACUUGUGUAAUAUUGGGGAACUUUGAGACCUACCUUUAUCAUAAGAUAAAAACAGUUUUGAAAAUGAGGGCUUUUUAACCCAGCAUUUACCAGUGGCCACAGCAGGGGCCACAGGUGUGUGGUCCUGGAUUACUUCUCACAGCCUUGAGGAACUGCAUGAUCUUUCAUAUCCAGAAUUUGUGUAACUUGACCCACUUACCAAGCCAGCCUAAAAGCUGGCAGCUUUCAUCCAAAAGUGCAGAGUUAUUGUGAGAGGAAGUUUCACACUAUUUGUAAGAACAUGAAGGUUUCCUCGGAAGGUGCCCUGCUCUGCCUGCUCUUGUAUAUUAAUGAAAUGUUUCAGUACUGUGUGAGUUUUAUUGAUUUAUGCUGAGAAUUUUCUUCAACCAAAUUAUUUAUACUGUGGUGAGGGUAAAACCACUUCAGGAACUGUUAAAUCUUACUGGGUCAUCUGGUUUGAUGUUUGACCUCCAAGCAGUUUCUGCCUUACCUAUGGGUACUAUACGUGCAAAGCUGCAUACACGACGUGGUGGAACUUCUCCCCUGUCAUCACGGGCCUCUUAUUCAUGGACAGCAACAAGAAGCCGAGUCUCUGUGUGUAUCACUGCUCAUCUCCUAAGAAGGGAAUAAUAAUAAAAAGAGCAAAAACUGAGCUAAUAAAUGGGGUCUCCAGUCCGGGUUUGCUGCGUUUCCAGGAGCGCGGAGCUCUGCGAGGCAGAGGAGCAGAGCAGGGAGGGAGGAAGGGCCCUGCACCCCGACCAAGCCCCCACGGCUGGAGGGGCUGGUGUCACUGUAAGGUAAAUGCAGCAGAGCAAACUGAGCUUUUAAAACCUUCUCCCUUUAUAUGGAAUUAUUUAUUAUGUCCCUUAUAAUGCGAGUACUGAAAUUUGUGUUCUAAAUCUGAACUGUUUUAAUUCUUACCAGCUGAGUAGAUGGAGAGAAACAAAGAAGAGCCCAGGUUUUAAAUUGCAUGAAUGUUUG